CACCAGCGCAUUCACACAGGAGAGAGACCUUUCAGCUGCAGUCAGUGUGGGAAGAGUUUUAGUAAGUCAAGUCACUUAAAAAGGCAUCAGCGCAUUCACACAGGAGAGAGACCUUUCAGCUGUAGUCAGUGUGGAAAGAGUUUUAGUCAAUCACACCUCUUAAAACGACAUCACCGUAUUCACACAGGAGAGAGACCAUUCAGCUGCAGUCAGUGUGGGAAGAGUUUUAGUAAGUCAAGUCACUUAAAAAGGCAUAAGCACAUUCAAACAGGAGAGAGUCCUUUCAGCUGCAGUCAGUGUGGGAAGAGUUUUAGUAAGUCAAGUCACUUAAAAACCCACCAGCGCAUUCACACAGGAGAGAGACCGUUCAGCUGUAGUCAGUGUGGGAAGAGUUUUAGUCAGUCAAGUAACUUAAUAACCCACCAGCGCAUUCACACAGGAGAGAGACCGUUCAGCUGUAGUCAGUGUGGGAAGAGUUUUAGUCAGAAAAGUCACUUACAAUUACACCAGCGCAUUCACACAGGAGAGAGACCAUUCAUGUGCAGUCAGUGUGGGAAGAGUUUUAGUUGGAAAAACCACUUACAAUCACACCAGCGCAGUCACACAGGAGAGAGACCGUUCAGCUGCAGUCAGUGUGGGAAGAGUUUUAGUUGGUCAAGUAACUUAAUAACCCACCAGCGCAGUCACAUAGGAGAGAGACCGUUCAUCUGCAGUCAGUGUGGGAAGAGUUUUAGUCACUCAAGUAGCUUAAUUAUCCACCAGCACAUUCACACAGGAGAGAGACCAUUGUAGCGGCAAGGUUUAUUAAAAUACAGGAAUUAAGUUUGCUG